CACGCGUACCGUAAGGAAGACCUGUGUGACUCUUGAAAACUGGUUACUCGCAGAGAUAGAGAGAGAGAGAGACGCACUCACCUAACGAGAGAAGGAAGGAAGGAGCAGGACUCCUAAACACACACACCUUCGCAUUUUUAUCACACCUCAGUGCAACGAAAUCCAGGAUGAAGAGCAGUCGAGUCGUCUUCCUCCUGACGCUCGGUGUCGUCGCCUGGGCAGUCGCGUCCGAAGCCUCGCCCCUCGACUACAAACACAUCUACGACGACGACGAUUACGUCGCCGAGGAGGAGGAAGGGGAGGAGGUGGACGGGGAAGAACAGCCCCCUGAAGAAGGAGAGCUCGGCAGCAGCCCUCUGCAAGAGCAGCCCCUCGCCCCUCCCGAACAGUCCCCGCCGUUGCCCUUCAAGGAAGAAGAAGAAUAUUACGGGGAAGAGGGCGAAGAAGAGUAUAGAGACCGAGAGUUCGGACGAAGUGUUUACGAUAAGGUCACGCCCCCUACUAGACCUUCCCCUACCCAUGACCCACUGGACGAUGCCAGAAGCAUGGCAGUCCUGACCAUCAUGGAAAGAAUUCUUGUGGCCCUGGGACCCAGUUUUGUGGAGACGCUGCCAAAGGCUCCCACCAACAGCACGCUCGCUACGGUGCCCACGCCCAUCAACAUCACAGCAGAGCCCUGCCCCUACGUUUACAAGAGAUGUUCAUCGCAGACCUCGUUCCCCUCCUGUGACAUCCCCCACAACACAGACCCAGAGGUCUGGGCUGAGCGCUUCAACCUGUACUUCAACCUCUCCACCGAUUUCGACAAGAUGGACAUCAUCAACGCCACCCUCCGUCUAUACAAGAACAACUCCAUCCCGCUGCUUCACCCGAAGCCUCUGCUCGUCAAAGCUUACGCCUACACCCGAAGCCUCACGAGGAAGCGAUCAAGGACAAUGCUUGUGGCCGAAAACUCAGUCUCCAGUGAUUACACUGGUUGGGUCACCUUGUCCAUGGACAAGAUUGUCAGGCGUUGGAAGAAGGGCCGCAACAACCACGGCCUCCUGAUCACGGUCACUGACGCCCAUACUGUCCCAUGGGACGCUUCCGACAUCUUCAUCAUCAUGAGCUGCUCCUCCGGUAAUAACAAAAACAGUCUGGUUCCUCUGCCUUUUGAAGUGCAAACUGACGAAGUAGGCCAGCGUUAUCCAGCUCUGAAUAUCCGUCAGGGGAGUCCAAACGAUGAUUUCCCUUUAACCACUGUCAGUCGACCUCCUUCAAGCCCAAGACCUCCUGUCCCAACUGAGCCACACAUACAGUCAGAUGACCCAGAUGUGUAUGAUGAUGAGUACGAUUUUUCACAGAUGCCAUCCCACAGGCAGUCUUCUAGUGGAAGCCAUCCAGGUAUGGGCCACGUUGAAAGAGACCAUCUUACUAAAAUGCAUGGCAGCCAUCCUCGUGCAACUGGGUUUCACAGAGAUAGUCCUCCCAGUGGCUUCUCAUUUGAUUCAGAUGUAACACAUGGAGAUUCUCUUCCAGUUUCUGGGCAUGGCACACGAAGUGGCCACAAGCACUCUUCUAGAGUUACUCAUGGGACGCCUCGACGGGAUAUGUCUGAUGGCCCAGCCUUCGCUCGCGCAGCUGCAACUAGUCACCAUGACGGCAGCCCUCACCACAGUAGUAGUAGUGUUUCACAUCACCAGAAUCCAGAUCAUUCCCAGAAGGCUUCUGUAGAACAUCACAUUGAAUCCAGACACCAGAUCACUCCAGCUCCUCUGGAGGAUACCCUUCACACCCAGUACUCGGAGGAGCAGUUCCUUCUUGGUGAGCCAGUAACCCACACCACGACAGAGUCGAGCCGUCCUCAUCGCCAGCGAGAUUCUGGGUCCACUAAAGAAUACCGCCACCGCAGGAAACACAAUCACCAGCGGCAUGGCAGCUCGACUGCAACACUAUGAAGUAACUCUUCAUUCAGGCAUAAACCCUCAGGAUGCCAGGACUGCUUGAUAUUGGGGAAGUAAUGCCCCACCUUUAUCAUGUGCUUCCUGAGUCUUAAUUCUGUAAAUACUACAGCUGAUGCUCUAGUUCCUUGUCCGCUUUAUUUAUGAUUGUGAUUGUGCAACCCUAACGUGAGGUAUCAGAUCCUAUUGUAUUUUCUGUGUUUAUGAAUGCCACAAGUCCGGUAAGAAAAAUAUUUUAUUUCUUAAUACUUUCGUGCAUGUGUGUGUAUGUAUGUGUGUAUGUAAAAAGACGAGUCAUAGUGUUGUGUAAACAGUUAGAGAAAAUUGGUAAUUGUUUUUAUAAAGUUGUAUGUCUUCGUACACUUACAGAACGCUGAAGAUUUUCAGAAUGCUGCAUUCAACCAGUGAUCUCCACUGGGGGAAAAUGUCUAUACUGGUUUGUUAAAGUCAGCUGAGAGUAACUGAAUUAACAAGUGCCAUACUGUAAGUCAUCUAAUUAUGACUGAGGGUUUAUUAGACAUGCUAUGGCCAGCUGCCAGUAAGUUUCCUAUGAUGGUUGAGGCUCUUGAUGCUUCCUUAUUUAGUUCAUGUGACUUUGUCCCAGAGCGAAUCGUGCAGGUAACAAUAGCAUAUUCUCUGCGCCAAGCUUUUGCCAGUUUUCCAUCAUACUGUGUGCUAGCUUUUAGGAUGGGUUAGAUGUGUAUAGAUGUAAAUAUAAAUCUACUGAUGAUUAUUUCCAGAGGCUUGAAAGGUGCUAUGAUUAAGGGACAACUGCCAUGUGAGCUGAGUGGAGGAUGGUCACACUGACUGAAGUGGUCCCAAGUUCUGUCAGAAAUUGUGUCGAAGUGGCACCGUUGUCCACUCAGCUUCAACAUGUUCUUGACGCCAUCCACUUACCUGUUAAUAUUUUUAUUACAUUAAGUUAGUAGAGAGCAUUAAAAAAAUUAGGCAUAUAAUUCAUAUUAGACCUAAGUUGCAGAAUGAUUAUGUAUAUAUAUUAUUAAGCAUUUUUACAUGACCAGGGUAGAAAUUAGUUCACUAUGUUUAAACGGGUAUUACAGUCAGUUAAUUGCCAAUACAAAAGUACCUGCUUUGUGUUUUCCAAGUUGUAAGACGCACCCGCCAUUUUCCAAUUCCCCGCGUGACCGCCUCGGUCACAGAUGGCGCCACUGCAUUUACUUUUGUUAGAACGACACUGAUGUUGGAUCAUGUUUUGUUUCUUUGGUUCAUUUUGGUUCUCUUUCUGUAGGAUUUCGUAUUGCUCCAAUUGCCAGUUCAGCAAUAGCACUGAUUGCUUGUAAAGUUAACCGAUCUUGCUGUUUUCAGCACCUGUACUGAACGUGAACUGCUGAUUUCCAGAGGUGUCUCGCAUCUCGUUAGUUCCACUGUCAGUUGGGAGUGGCACACUAAAAAGAAAGUCCUUAUUUAUGAGGCAGACUCUGACGUCGUCACUGCUAGAGUAAGAAAACUGUCUCGUGCAAAAUUGGUCUGUGAAAUCAGUUACAUUUGUUGUUAGUCUGGUGUUUACAGUGGAAAUAAUUGUGGGUUCUCCAUGAUUCACUCGGCGUAUCACUGCUGUUGACGAUUACCUCAAGACGAAUGAGCUGGAACCUCCUUUAAUAUAACUGAAUGUUCACAUGGUGCUUCACUUGGUUAGGUUAUAAAAUUGGGUUCGGAGGACCUGUCGUUACACUGCCUCACAGUCUCGCGCCCGUCAGGCCACGUACAUAUAUACCUGAAUGCUCCACCUAGAUGGAGUUUAUCCUGUUCAAUCAAGUACUUAAAUAGUUUGCUCUGUAAAACUUUUCAGUGUAAGUUAUUCUUUUUGAAGUGUUUCUGCUACCUAGAAGUAAUACUUGAGUUUGCAAUAUCUGUAUGACAGGGCUUGCGUUCAUUUUUUUUUUUUUUUCAAGAGUACCCGCUAACUUCAGAUUUUUGUUGUCUUCUGUACCCACUGUUUAUUUUGGGAUAUCGUUAUUCCACCAGCCUCAGCAAUGUCGUCAUUUCCAACGAGAAAUCAUCUCCCUUUCUUGGGGAACUGCCAAGCUGCCAGAGAGAAAGAGAGGGAGGGCGAAAGAGGCUUUGCUCUACACUGAUACUAUUAUAUGCGCUAGGUAGGACUGUGUUGGAGAAAGGGGUACUGUCCUAGAAUGUGUUGAUGUCCUGUGAAGUCUUAGUGUUAAUGUAUAUUCAUUCUGCAUUUUUGCACAAUAUGAGAAUAAUGAUAAUAAUAAUAGUAAUAAUAAUAAAAGGGAGCGUGUUCUGAACGUAAAGAGAAUUACUGUAAACGAUUUCCUGAAGCAGAAACGUGGUUUUUAUCAUUUUUUUUUUCUUAAGUCAUUGGAGGCUGAAGUUACUGGACUCUUUGUGUUGUUAUUAAGGCUAAUAAUGAUGUACAAAUCAACAAAUAGAAGCUAGUAAUUGGGUUUCCUUUUCGAGUCAGCAAACGUGAAAUGAUGAUAUACGCAAAAUAAAAAAAGUAACAAAAAAGAUGUAAACAUAAAAUGUGAUAUAUAGGCUUAUGUGAGACUCCUUAAAAAAAUGAAAAAAAAAAGAAUGAAAAAUAAAGAGGUCUUUCAUAUAAGUACCCUUGACAUAUAAGUAUGAAUAGAUUCAGCAGCAAAGGAGCAGAUGGCUUACCAUUAUCACCUCUUAAUGUUAAUAUUGAUAUACUCUGUUAUUUUAAUGCUUACAACAGGCAUAUAUUUAUUACUCUGUUUUACAAAACAUCACCUUUUUAUAUACUACUGUUGCCGUUCGACUGGAUGAUUCCUGUUCUUCUUCUUCCCAUCUUUCCGCAGUCCUAUAGAUGUGUAUUGUAAAACUGUGUAUAUAGUAAUGUUGUUCGGGGUGUAAAUAUACAAUAGAUUUAUUUUAUUUCAUUAAACUAAUUUUCUAGCUACCGAUACAA